UAUAUCGUGUAUACUGGGUCGGAAAAAUAUCGUGAAUCAUCUCCAUAGUGGAUAAUUAAAAAAAAAAAAUCAAGUUAAUGAAUAUAAGAGCUUUAAACUUUAAAACAAAACUAUGAUCGCACUGGACAAUAGCUGUACUGGACAGUUAACAUUAUUAUGAUCGGAACUGAACGUGUUAAUAAGAGUUAACAUUAUUAUAAUCGAAACUGAAGGUGUUAAUAACAGACUUUAACACUUUUCGUAGCUAACAAAAAAGAACAGAUCUAUAAAGAACGUUUAAAGAAACAAUUAAGAUGAAAAGAACGAAGCGAGUGUUUAUCUACUUCACUUUCUGGAUAUUACUGGCGUUGGCCUUCACCGUGCUGAACAUUCUCAACAUAGACUGGACGCAGACGCACGUGGCUCAUGGGAUUGUACUGAUUCUCAUUCUUGGAGUCCUGCAAGGGUCCGUCAUGGAAUUCCCCGUGCAGACGAUAGUGACGCUGGUGGUUGGAGGCGAGAAACGGCAGAGCGUCAAGGUACCAGACGACACUCUGACGUUGGUGCUGAACUACAACCUCCUAGCCGUCGCCAAGGACGACAUAGACGAGUGCAUGCAGACGAUGUACGAGGCUUACAUGGGGAACCUGUCGGAGAGGAUUUCGGCCGUUCUCGUCAGCGCCACGAACGACGACGAGCUGAAGAAGUACGAAUUGGAGGUGCGGGACAAUUACCGCGCACUCAUCUACGACGAACUGUUCCGGGAAGGUCUCAACUUCGCCCACGACGAACCCGUCGACCCACUGCACGUGAAGCACGUGUGGUCCAGAUUUCGAGGCAUGGACAGAGGUCUGUUUCUUCAGCAGCACUUGGAUCAGAUCUGCGACAGGUUUGCUCGAGAGUUUAUGGUCAUCCACAGAGUUUCCCGGGUCCUGCGCAAGUGCGGCCAGUACCAGGAUCUGAUGCUUCUGUCUGAAGGCGACGACGAGGCGUACACGUACACCGAUCCUGAUUAUUACGGAAGGCAGGCAAGACCUUACGGCCAACCUCUCUUCUACGACUCUGAGGAUGUGGAAAACAUUUUCGGUCGUAGGUACGACUACACGUUAGUUCUAGACGGCGAUACUGGUGUUCGGAAAGACACUGUGUUCGAGCUGUUGCAGAUAGCCGCCGCGCAUCCUGAUCGAGGAAUCAUUCAGCCUUCAAUCGAACUGAUUGCAACGUCUAAUGAUACGAUGUUCAUGCAUAUGGAACGUAUGCGUCAGGCAAUUUACGAACCCAUGACAAACGCAGUCAUGUCCUUUCUUGGUCAGUCGUCCUAUUUCGGAAAGGCCAUGAUAAAGAAUAGCAUUUACAUUGAAAACGUGAUCGGGUUCAGAGAAAACGUUAUCGAGAGAGUUCCAAUCGAUGUGUUGAGUCACGAUACAUUCGAAGCGGCUCUUCUGCAACCGCUGUACGUUUCGUCUAUCCAACUGCUGGAAGCGCCGUCUUACAACUACGUGUCGUGGAACAUUCGGGAAAGACGGUGGAACAGAGGAGAGGUACUUUUGUCGAUCUACUUCUGGAAAAAUAUCAUCGGCAGGCCGAUGAGGUGGCUUCAGAAGAAGAUCCAGGGAGAUAAGUUCAACGCUACAAAACUGAGAACAGAAUCAAACUUAGACUUCGUGACUUCAUACAUUGCUCAUUCGGCGCUGAGGCAGAUGUUCAUGAAGCCCACGUUACUGGUAUACAUCCUAAUCAACUACAGCGCACAGCUCAGGUAUAAAUACGCGUCAGUCAUCAUCAUCAUGUUCCUCAUAGUGAUAUUUCCCAAAUUUGCAACGUGCACGAGAAAAAACUAUAAGUAUGUCUUCUUCGAAACGUUGGCAUCAAUUCUGCAGUUCACGCCGGAAGCCAUGGUUGGGUGCGUGCGCAUUGUGCGUGCUGUCCACGCAAACAUUAGUGCCAGUGUGAAAUGGGUUCCCCAGAGAGCCGUAGAAGAAGAAUUUAAAAAAUCGAAUCCUUUCCUCUCCAGUUUGAAGCAUCUGUGGGGUUAUUCUCUCUUUUCUGUAAUAUGUGCACUUCUUGUUGGAUUCUUUGCCCCCGACAGUCUUUUGAUACUGUUCAUGUUGAUCACUCUGUUCUUCCUUCCAUUGUACACGGGCUUUACGUCAUUGACUAAGAAUCUGAGAUCUUCUAGAGCAGUAUCAGACCAAUACAGACAGAACUUGGAAACUGGAAUUAGUAUUAUUUCGCAGCCAGACUACGACAAGAAGAGUGGAAAAACUGCAUUCACAAAUUUAGCACUGGCGUUCACACCAAAAACUCUUGAUCCGUUUCGGCUUGAAAAUCAAUCACUCUUUCACCAGGCAAGUGCCCCUAUGAGUGAAGUCUACUGAAAGUACUACUCAGUUAUAGUAUAGUUGUUUCUUAAAAGAAAGAUGUUGCUGUACGAAACUACGAUUCGGUACUAUUUGUAUGUAUGGCAUUUAUUUGAAGAUUGUUUUUGUAUGUCUGUAACUGCUUUGGUGCUAAUUAAUUGGGUGUUAGUUAAUUACGCAAUUUGCCUGUUUGUUUAUGAGGCGGAGGUUUGUUGUUUUUUGUUUUAUGGUUGUUGUUUUUUGAAUGGGGUUUCGGGAGGUGAUUUUUUUUUUUUUUUUUUUUUUUUUUUGUAGAGAGAUAGGGGUUGGAGUAUAUUUAUUUGUUGUUUCAUUGAUUUCAUUUAUAUAGAUUAACUAAUUUUAUAAUGUUUUUAAAAAAUUUGUUUAUCACUGCCAGUGUGACUAUAUUUAGGAUUGUAAAAAUAUACAUUAUAUUUAACCUCUUACAAAAAAUACAUGUAGUCCCAUUUCUGUUGGCAAUAUAUUCAACAUGCGGUUAUUGGGGUGAGAGGUGGGAAUCGAAUGACAAACUAAUAUGAUAUAGUUUUAAAAUAUUCUAUAAGGUAUUCUGUUUCUAGUUGAGCUGACUUGUUGAGCAUAUUUAACUAAACACAUAUACUUAUGUAAGGGCGUAGUUUUAUUUGUUUUAGGUAUACACAAAAAUAUAUCUAAAACAAAAAUGCUAAGCAUGUUCUUGUGACAUCUUCUGAUGGAUUGCCUAGCUGAGCUGAAUAUAGAUGUAAUUUCGGUUUACUGUCACGUAUGAUGUAGGCGAAAUCACGCGUUUAUGGGUGUUGCUGCGUUUGAUCAACAAAUUCAGAUCAGUUUUGUGUAGACAAUUGCCGACUGUGUGGGCGAAAUGCAGGAAAGAACAUUUUGUACUCCGUUUGUUGAAUUUGUUCAGGUUGUUGGAUGGGUUGGGGUUUUGGGUGUGGUGCAUGUGAGUGGACAAAUAAAUUUAAAAAUUCAAAAUCUAAUUAAGAAAUUACUUUUAAAAUUAAAAUGUUUUCUUAAAUAUUCAUUUAGAAUUAUUGUUCGUUAAUAGAUAUGUUUUGAUAAAAAAAAUUUUUUUAUACAAAUCUGUAUUUGUUGCUUAUUUCUUUUAUUGGUUUGCCAUUCAAAAGAAAUAAGUCUGCAGGUAUGAUUCAGUGCUACGGAAAUUCGUUAGACCGGACACUUUUAGGAAAACCAUACUGUCCGGAUUAUCGAGUCUCACUGCGUGCGUGUGUGUGCGUGUGUGUGCGUGCGUGCAUGCGUGCGUGCGUGCGUGUGUAUGUGUGUGUUUCUGAUGUAAAGAAGGAAAUAAGCGGGAUAUUUUAGGUUUAUUUAUUUAUUGUUUAGGGUUUUUAACUUAGGAUGAUCGUCUUAAAUACUACGAAAUCCCAAUUGAAAUACUGAAAUCCAUGGAUUAUUUUUUUUCUUCUUCUUUUUCUUAAUAUAUUGGAUGCUUUAAAUGUACUUUACCCCUCAAAAAAACUUGAUGCUAAUAAGCGUUAAUCUUGCUAGUAAUAUACUAAAAUAAUAUGAACUUUUAAAGGGUGUAAUAGAAGCUGUAGCAUUUAUAACUAUUUCGAAUCUGCUACUCAAUUCCGUAUCUCUGCACAAGGCUGAUUCCAAAAGAAGUUAUGAUAAAGUCGUGAGAGUUUGUAGCAUGACUCACUGUCUACAGAAGAAGAAAUGUUUUAUUUAACGACGCACUCAACACAUUUUAUUUACGGUUAUAUGGCGUCAGACAUAUGGUUAAGGACCACACAGAUUUUGAGAGGAAACCCGCUGU